AUGGCUUCCCCGCCCCACCAGCAGCUGCUGCAUCACCACAGCACCGAGGUGAGCUGCGACUCCAGCGGGGACAGCAGCAGCGUGCGGGUCAAGAUCCACCCCAAGCAGCUGGCGUCCUGCAGCCGCCCGAAGCACUGCAAAUACAGCAUCUCGUCCAGCUGCAGCAGCUCGGGGGAGUCCGGGGGCGGGCCCCGCAGGGUGGGCGGCGGCCGCCUGCGCCGGCCCAAGAAGCUGCCGCAGCUGUUCGAGCGAGCCUCGGGCCGCUGGUGGGACCCCAAGUUCGACUCGGUGAACCUCGAGGAGGCGUGCAUGGAGCGCUGCUUCCCGCAGACGCGGCGCCGCUUCCGCUACGCGCUCUUCUACCUCUGCGUUGCCUGCCUGCUCUGGAGCGUCUACUUUGCCGUCCACAUGCCUGCGCGCCUAGUGGUCCUGGCCGGCCCGGCCCUGUGCUUCCUGGCGGUGUGCGUGGGUUUCUUUCUGUUCACCUUCAGCCGCCUGUACGCCCGCCACUACGUGGGCACGGCGCUGGCUCUCACUCUCCUGGUGUUCGUCCUGACGCUGGCAGUGCAGUUCCAAGCGGUGACGCCCCUGCCAGGCCCCGCUGACGGCGUCAAUCACACCCUCACCACCAAGCCCCCCGGACCCUCUGCCCCCUGCUUGUCCCAAGUGGGCAGCUUCUCCAUGUGCAUCGAAGCGCUCUUUCUGCUCUACACCGUCAUGCACUUACCCUUGUAUUUGAGCCUUUUCCUGGGAGCAGCCUAUUCCAUCCUAUUCGAGACUUUCGGCCACUAUUUCCGGGAUACGGACUGCUUCCCACCGCCCCCUGGGGCCCGAGCCCUGCCCUGGGAGCUGCUAAGCCGGGCCCUGCUCCACCUCUGCAUCCACGCCAUCGGGGUCCACCUGUUCAUCAUGUCCCAGGUGAGGUCGCGGAGCACCUUCCUCAAGGUGGGCCAGUCCAUUAUGCACGGGAAGGACCUGGAAGUGGAGAAAGCCCUCAAAGAGAGGAUGAUCCACUCGGUGAUGCCCCGAAUUAUUGCCGAUGACCUGAUGAAACAGGGCGAUGACGAGAGCGAGAAUUCUGUCAAAAGGCACACCACCUCGAGCCCCAAGAACCGAAAGAAGAAGGCCUCCAUCCAGAAAGGGCCCAUCGCUUUCCGCCCCUUCAAAAUGCAGCAGAUUGAAGAGGUCAGCAUUUUGUUCGCGGACAUAGUGGGCUUCACCAAGAUGAGUGCCAACAAGUCGGCCCAUGCCCUGGUGGGCCUCCUCAAUGACCUGUUUGGUCGCUUCGACCGCCUGUGCGAGGAAACCAAGUGCGAGAAAAUCAGCACCCUGGGCGACUGUUACUACUGCGUGGCCGGUUGUCCCGAACCCCGGGCUGACCACGCCUACUGCUGCAUCGAAAUGGGUCUGGGCAUGAUCAAAGCCAUUGAGCAGUUCUGCCAGGAGAAGAAAGAGAUGGUGAACAUGCGCGUCGGUGUGCACACGGGCACUGUCUUGUGUGGCAUCUUGGGCAUGAGGAGGUUUAAGUUCGACGUGUGGUCCAACGACGUGAACUUGGCCAACCUCAUGGAGCAACUGGGGGUGGCCGGCAAGGUCCAUAUUUCCGAGGCUACGGCAAAGUACCUAGAUGAUCGCUACGAAAUGGAAGAUGGGAAGGUGUUUGAACGCCUGGGCCAGAGCGUGGUGGCUGACCAAUUGAAAGGUCUGAAGACAUACCUGAUAUCGGGUCAGAGAGCGAAGGAGUCUCAAUGCAGCUGUGCAGAGGUCUUGCUGUCUGGUUUCGAGGUCAUUGGCGGUCCCCAGGGGUCUUCAGGCCCUAGGUUGCAGGGGACAACAUCACCAGGGAGUGUCAGUGACUUGGCACAGACUGUCAAAACCUUUGAUAACCUUAAGACUUGCCCUUCGUGUGGAAUUACAUUUGCUCCCAAAUCUGAAGCUGGUGCAGAAGGAGGAGCCGUCCAAAAUGGCUGUCAAGACGACCAUAAAAACAGUACCAAGGCUUCUGGAGGCUCUAAUUCCAAAGCCCAAAAUGGACUGCUGAGCCCUCCACCAGAGGAGAAGCUCACCAACAGUCAGACCUCGCUUUGUGAGAUCCUACAGGAAAAGGGAAGGUGGGCAGGGGUGAGCUUGGACCAAUCCGCUCUCCUUCCACUGAGAUUCAAGAACAUCCGGGAGAAAACAGAUGCUCAUUUUGUUGAUGUCAUAAAAGAAGACAGCCUGAUGAAAGAUUACUUUUUCAAACCACCCAUCAAUCAGUUCAGCUUGAACUUCCUGGAUCGGGAGCUAGAGGGGGCCUACCGGACCAGCUACCAAGAAGAGGUCAUAAAGAACGCUCCCGUCAAGACUUUCGCCAGUGCCACCUUCAGUUCCCUCCUGGAUGUGUGUCUGUCAGCAAUCGUGUUUCUGGUCCUCUCCGUCACCUGCUUCCUGGAAUUCGGGGCCACUGCCUUCCCCCCACCACCUGCUGCCCUGGCUGUCUUUGGCACGGCCCUGGUGCUGGAAGGGCUCGCCCUCAUUGUCUCCAUCAGGAUGGUGUUCUUCUUGGAGGACGUCAUGGCGUGCACCAAGCGUCUACUGGAGUGGAUCGCUGGCUGGCUUCCACGGCAUUUCAUCGGGGCAAUCCUAGUGUCGCUCCCUGCCCUCGCUGUCUAUUCACACGUCAGCUCCGAGUUUGAGACAAACAUCCACUUCACCACCUUUGUGUGCUGCGCCAUCCUGAUCGCUGUGGUACAGUACUGCAACUUCUGCCAGCUCAGCUCCUGGAUGCGGUCCUCACUGGCCACCAUCGUUGGGGCUGGGCCUCUGCUCCUGCUCUACAUGUCCCUAUGUCCAGACAGCUCCACAGUAAUUGCAAACCUGGAUACAGUGCAGAAUUACAGCUCUGAGGGGAGUCCAUGCAAUGGUUCACUACCACACGACAGCAGGAAGCCAGCCAGCCUGAUCGGCCAGGAGGCACUGCUGGUCUUCUUCCUCCAGCUGCUCCUAGUCUGGUUCCUGAACCGGGAGUUUGAAGUCAGUUACCGCCUGCACUACCACGGUGAUGUGGAAGCGGAUCUUCACCGCACCAAGAUCCAGAGCAUGCGAGACCAGGCUGACUGGCUGCUGAGAAACAUCAUUCCCUACCACGUGGCCGAGCAGCUCAAGGUCUCCCAGACCUACUCCAAGAACCAUGACAGCGGAGGGGUCAUCUUCGCCAGCAUUGUCAACUUCAGCGAGUUCUACGAGGAGAACUACGAAGGGGGCAAGGAGUGCUACCGGGUCCUGAACGAGCUCAUUGGGGACUUUGACGAGCUCCUGAGCAAGCCCGAUUACAGCAGCAUCGAGAAGAUCAAGACCAUCGGGGCGACCUACAUGGCCGCCUCGGGGCUGAACACGGCCCAGUGCCAGGACAGCAGCCACCCACAGGAGCACCUGCACAUCCUGUUUGAGUUCGCCAAGGAGAUGAUGCGCGUGGUGGACGAUUUCAACAACAACAUGCUAUGGUUUAACUUUAAGCUCCGUGUAGGCUUCAACCACGGGCCCUUGACGGCAGGAGUCAUCGGCACCACCAAGCUGCUGUACGACAUCUGGGGGGACACGGUCAACAUCGCCAGCAGGAUGGACACCACAGGGGUGGAGUGUCGCAUCCAGGUGAGUGAAGAGAGCUACCGUGUCCUGAGCAAGAUGGGCUACGACUUUGACUACAGGGGGACAGUGAACGUCAAGGGGAAAGGUCAGAUGAAGACCUACCUCUACCCCAAGUGUAUGGACAAUGGGAUCGUGCCACAACACCAGCUGUCCAUCUCCCCGGAUAUCCGGGUCCAGGUGGAUGGCAGUAUCGGGCGGUCGCCCACCGACGAGAUCUCCAACCUGGUGCCUUCCGUACAGAACUUGGACAGGGCGUCUGUGGGGUCUGAUGGCAGCCCGCAGCCCAGGGACAUCCAUCUGUCUUCUAAGCGGCCGUGGAAGGAGCCCGUUCGAGCAGAAGAGAGGUCUCGACUGGGCCAAGCCAUAGAGGAAAGCGACUAUGAUGAGGUGGGGCUGGAGGAGGCCAACGAGCUCACCAAGCUCAAUGUCUCCAAGGGAGUGUGA